UUAUGGGCAGUUUUCCAACCUUGAGCAGGGACAGCCUUACAUGUUUGGAUACGUUUGGAUAAGCUCAUCUAAACACUUAGAGGCUACAGUAGCAGUUUUGUUAUUUUACCUUUCCCUUUUCCUAAAACGAGUUCGUACCCCAGUGUUGCCUCUCUUCCCCUCCCCUUUUUUGCCCCACUCUUUGUCGCCCCUACCCUUCCUCCCCUUACAGCAGAGGGUAGUUGGCACCAGUAUAAAGCAUCAGCCUCCUCCAACGACUCGUGCCUGACUCCCUGCCAACCUGUGUGAGGCUAGAAAGAGGAAAAGCAAGAGGGAGGGAAGGGGAAGAGGAAGGAAAGAAGGGGUUUUUGGAAGAAAAUAAACAGAGCAGCCUGGAAACCAAUCCGUCCAUCACGAGUUUUGGCAUCCAGGGAUCCCAUCUCUCCUGUGUCAUCAUGUGAGGAGGCUGCAGCGCUUGGACUGGACUUUCUUUCAUAGAAAAGCAUGCAGUCAACGGGAAUCCCACUGUGGAGCCUUUUCCACAGGGUAUGGAAACCAUCAUGUUUGGUAUGGGGUGUUUCUGGGGAGCGGAGAAACUUUUCUGGAGGCUUCCAGGAGUCUUCUCCACACAAGUGGGCUUCGCCGGCGGCUUUACACCCAACCCCACUUACCAUGAGGUCUGCUCAGGUCUGACUGGUCACACUGAGGUAGUGAGGGUGGUCUUUUCCCCUCAAGAGAUCAGCCUCGAGGAGCUGCUCAAACACUUUUGGGAGAAGCACGAUCCUACACAAGGGAUGAAACAGCACAAUGACCACGGGACUCAGUAUCGUUCUGCCAUUUACACAUCCAACCCCGCUCAACAGGAGAUUGCAAUGAAGAGCAAAGUGGCCUUCCAACAGGAGCUGAAUAAGAACGGCUACGGCUCCAUCACCACUGAGAUUCUGGAAGGACAGUACUUUUACUACGCCGAGGACUACCACCAGCAGUACCUGAAGAAGGUACCCAAAGGCUACUGCGGCAUCAAGGGCACAGGGGUCAGCUGCCCCCUCAAGACCAAAAACGAUGAACUCUGAAUAAAAGACGAUGCAUUUCUGCAAAAUAAAUGAAUCUGGAGGUAUAAGGCGUAAACGUACUGUAAGUAAAGCUUUCACUGCUAAAACAGAGUCUUAAGAAAGUACAAAGAUUCUUGAUUGAAGAAAAAAAUUCUUAUUUUGAUAUUAUCAAGAAGAUUUUUCAAUAGAAAACUUCUCUUAGUUUGUGAAAAUGUCUUUUUUUCGCCAAAAUAAUAAUUCUUGAUAAGAAAUGUUUUCUUACCCCAUUGAAAGUUUUUUUUUUACUCAUUUACAGAAUUAUUUUCAAAUUUUAAGAAUGUGUUUUGCCGUAACUCAGUUUGCACAAAAAAUGCAAAGGCAGGUAAAUUGAAUUACAAGUAGACUUAACUGAACACAUUUUAGAAUGAGGAGUUUGAGUUUUAAUUUAUUACAGAGGAAAUGUCUAAAGAAAAGAAGGGCUAAGUUAUAGAAUAGCUAAUGCUUUCUAUUACGAUUAACCACCACAAGGUGGCGAUAUUUCUCAAAAAGAAACAGUUAUUAACAGCUUUUUUAAUGUCACAUUUAGACGUUGUAAUUACGUUUAACUCUUGGUAUUUCAUUUGUAGAACUGUUUAAAAUCCAGAAGUGAAAAGCUGAAGAUGUUUUUAUUUCAUUACUAAAAAAAUAGGUUUUUUUAAUAUUCUGUCAUUCUUGUUUUUAGCUUUUAAAAUAAGUUUGAAUCGAAGUAAACUUUGUUUAUUCUCCUGACUUUGUUCUGCAGUAACUCUCUUUGAAAGCAAUAAAACAUCCUUCUAUUAAACAUUUAUGCAUUUA